AGACUUGCUGUGCGACUCAGGAGCGGCACCUAGGAUGGGGGACAUUCUGGCUCAUGAAUCUGAACUGCUUGGACUCGUGAAGGAGUAUUUAGAUUUUGCUGAAUUUGAAGACACCCUGAAGAUAUUCUCGAAGGAAUGUAAAGUCAAAGGGAAGCCGCUGUGCAAGGCGGCGGGCGGCGCCACGAGGGACUCCCGGCCGCUGGUCAUCCAGAGGGACCUGCUGGCGGCCUUCGACAGUGGGGACCAGAAGGUGUUCUUUGACCUGUGGGCCGAGCACGUGCCCCGUGCCCUGCGAGACGGCGACGCCCUGGCCCAGAAGCUGGAGUUCUACCUCCACAUCCACUUCGCCAUCUACCUGCUCAAGCACCACGUCGGGAGGCCGGACAAAGAGGAGCUGGAUGAGAGAAUCUCCUACUUCAAAGCCUACCUGGAGAGCAGAGGGGCGGCGCUGAGCCAGACCACCGAGUUCCUCCCAUUCUAUGCGCUGCCCUUUGUCCCCAACCCGAGGGCACACCCGUCCUUCAAGGAGCUCUUCCAGGACUCCUGGACGCCAGAAUUAAAAGUGAAGUUGGAGAAGUUUCUGGCAAUGAUCUUUAAAGCCAGUAGCACGCCAAGGCUCUUAACAUUAUAUAAGGAGAAUGGACAAAGUAGCAAAGAAGCGCUGCAGCAGCUCCACCAGCAGCUGGUGGAGGCGGAGCGGAGGUCCAUGACCUACCUGAAGCGGUACAACAAGAUCCAGGCCGACUACCACAACCUCAUCGGGGUCACGGCCGAGCUGGUCGACUCGCUGGAGGCCACAGUCAGCGGCAAGAUGAUCACCCCCGAGUACCUGCAGAGCGUCUGCAUCCGUCUCUUCAGCAACCAGAUGCGGCCCAGCCUGGCACACAGCGUGGACUUCACCAGGCCCGGCACGGCUUCCACCAUGCUGAGAGCAUCCUUGGCGCCCGUGAAGCUGAAGGACGUGCCCCUGCUGCCCUCCCUGGACUACGAGAAGCUGAAGAAGGAUUUGCUCUGGGGCAGCGACCGCCUGAAAGCUUUCCUGCUGCAGGCGCUGCGCUGGCGCCUGACCACAUCCCACCCCGGGGAGCAGCGGGAGACGGUCAUGCAGGCCUACGUCAGUAACGACCUCCUGGACUGCCACAGCCACGGCCAGAGGACGGUGCUCCAGCUACUGCACUCCCCGAGCGAGGUGGUGCGCCAGUACAUGGCCCGGCUGCUCAAUGCUUUCGCCUCCCUGGCCGAAGGUCGCCUCUACCUCGCCCAGAGCCCGACGGUGCUACGGAUGCUGGAGGAAAGGCUGAAGGAGGAGGACAAGGACCUCAUUACCCGGGAGAAUGUUCUGGGCGCCUUGCAGAAGUUCAGUCUCAGGCGCCCGCUGCAGACGGCCAUGAUCCAGGACGGCCUCAUCUUCUGGCUGGUGGAGCUGCUGCGGGAGCCCGACUGCCUGUCGGACUACACGCUGGAGUACGCCGUGGCCCUGCUCAUGAACCUCUGUCUCCGCAGCGCAGGGAAGAGCGUGUGCGCCAAGGCGGCCGGCCUCGUGCUGAAAGUUCUCUCGGAUCUGCUGGGCCACGAAAACCACGAGAUCCAACCCUACGUGAACGGAGCCCUGUACAGCGUCCUCUCUGUCCCGUCCAUCCGCGAGGAGGCCCGGGCCAUGGGCAUGGAGGACAUCCUGCGUUGCUUCAUCAAGGAGGGCAGCCCGGAGAUGGUGCGCCAGAUGGAGUUCAUCCUCAGGCAGCUCGGCUCAGAAGAGCCCCUGGACGGUGACGUUGAAUCUGAUGAUGAAGAAGACGAAGAUGAGGAAGAGGAUCAUGACACCAUGGAAGCCGACCUGGACAAGGACGAGCUGAUCCAGCCCCAGCUGGGGGAGCUGGCGGGGGAGAAGCUGCUGACCACCGAGUACCUGGGCAUCAUGACCAACACAGGCAAGGCGAGGCAGAAGGGGCCACCCGGCGGGCGGUGGAGCCGGGACGAGCCCCUGCGCCGGCCCGUGACCCCCGGCGGACACAGGACCGGGGCCCCCGUGUAA